CCCGUGGACGCGCACGGUCGGGCUCUGCCCCGCUGGUGCGCGCUUGAGGGGUGACUCUGGCGCACGGACUUCUGCAGAGAGCUGAGUGAUCAUCUGCACUUUGAUUGCGAACCUCAACGAGCUUGUUAAAGGUUCAUCAUGGGAAACAAGUUCAGCAGAAGGCGAGAGGCUCCUGUCAGCAGUGCAGCAUCUGUGGCCAGUGAACAGAAGCCUGCAGUGGAACAUUCAACACCAACAUCAGACUCUGGGAUGAAGCAGGAGGUUGUUAGGGCAGAGGAUCUAGAUGUGUUGGCAGAAGAACCACCAAAAGAUGAAUGUGUACCAGAGGUUAAAGAAGAAGAGGAUGAACAGUCAGAACUGCUAGCAAAGGAAACUCAGGCUCCAGCACAGCCUAAACCUCUGUUCUUAAAUGCCAAUAUCCUGGAACCAGAAUCGUUUGCACAACCAAAACCUAAAGCUACAGAGGAAGCUGAAGCUCAAGUUGCUUUAAAUCCAACCCCAGAGGAUAUUUCAGAACAGAACUCUGCUUUGCAGUCAGAGGCAGACACUGAGCCCAUCUCCGAGCCCGUACCAACACCAGCCGAGGCUGUAGUGGAGCACAAAGACCAAGAAUAUCUAACUGAUCCAGUUCUUUCUUCACCCCCACUGAUUGACUAUAAUGUCCCUGAUGUGAUUUCUUCACCAACCAUCAUCCCUCUCGAUCCAGAUGAGUCAUCAAACAUUUCGGCAAGUGAGCACCAUUCCACAGUAGAGCCAGAAGAGUUUAAUUCAGACUUUCUGGAGAAGAUGACAGGGGUGGAGGCUGAAGAGUGUCUGAAGAUGACUGGGAGUGAGGUCAACGCGGAAAAUGUGAGCAAACUCCUAAAAAACUCCGAGCUGAAAGAAAAUGACCUUCUCAGCGACAUCAUUGCAAGAGAAGUCAAGAUUCCCGAUGACACUCCCAUCACAGACAUGAGCACAUCCAUGGAGUUAAUGUGAAUCCAUCAAAGAUGAUCCUCAAAACAAGAAAAACUAUAUUUUAUUCUGUGAAACUUUCUUCUAAAUGGGUCAGUGAAAACUUGUCACCCCAAAUGCUUUUAAAAUGAAUGCCAAACAUCCUUUUUUAUUGAACCAAAAGAGAUGUGCAACAGGUUGGACUAAUGUUUUUCUGUUUUUAAUGAAUGUAAGCGACCAGUUGAUUUGGCUUUGGGGUGUAAAUUGGUUCAAACACCACAGACUACAAGUAUGAAAGUAUGUAAUGUCAGACAAUAGAGGUCUUCCUCUAUGCAAUCUCACUAACAAAAUAUUUAAACAUAUCUCUAUGCAUUAAGGAAAUAGCGAGCACAGCUUUAAAACAACUUUUUGAGAAACACUGUGUACAAAAGCUUCUUUUUAAAGAAAAUAAAGGUGUGUCUUUAAAUCUGGUCAUCAAAAAACAAUAUUGUUGUCUUACCCAAACGACAGAUUACAAGAAUAGUAAACCAAAAAUUAUCUGAGUUUAGACUGCACCACAUACCAGCACUGAUGUUCCCAUUACAUUUUUAUGCAUUCAAAUAGUAGUGUUUAAACUUCCAAAUAUUACUCUAAAUGGAAUGAUUUUAAUUUUUAUUCAUUAGUGGCUUGCUUUUGAAAAUAAAAGUGAUAUAUCUGU